AAAACUGACAGAAUUAAAAUAUUUGACCUGAUUUGCUAACAAUUGCAAAUAUGGUGACAAAAAUUGAAAAUCUGAAAUUUCGAUGAUCAAAAUUAAAUUCAACCCUAACUCUAGUGACUAAAAAUGUAACUAUCCCUUUUUUAAUUAAAUUUUUUGCUUCCAUUAAAUCAUAUAAUAAUCAUAAAUGUAUAUAAUACAACAUAUAAUCAUACAAGUGUUAGCAUAUGUGAGUUAGGUUAGUUGGCUAGGAAAGUGAGCACAUCCUCUUACGCUCAAGUUUGAGUCUCCCUUCCAGUAAAUUUAAUUUAGAAUAAUUUAAACUUUGUAUCAAAAAACAAAUAAAACUUUUACAAAAUAAAGACGGCCCGAAGAAAAAAGUGGGAUCUAAGAAAUACAAGUGCACCACAAAACCGUAAAAAAAAUAAAAUAAAUAUUUAAACGACAUAGGUAGAAGAAGAGGGAAAAGUAAGAACGCUUAGCCCUUGUACUUGUGAUAGAUAACUUUGGCAAUAAAAGGCUGACCAGCGGGUGGGCUUUUAUACAGUGAAGGUCAUGAAUGCCAGCGUCUCACUUUCUACACCAACUGCAACUCUGUGCCAGACGCCGGACGCCUUCUACCGCCAAAAGACUCCACGCUCAACUCAUCAAAACAGCCCUGCAUCUAUGCGUUCCUCUACCCAACACCCUCUUGGAUACGUACGGCAAAUGCGGUCUAGUCGAAGACGCGCUCCACCUGUUCGGUGAAAUGCCUCAUCGAGACCAUGUCUCGUGGGCUUCAAUUCUCACUGCCCACAACCAAGCCAACAUGCCCCACCGAACUCUCUCCAUGUUCCCCGCUAUGUUUGAGUCUGAUGGUUUGCAGCCGGACCAUUUUGUGUUUGCCAGCGUUGUCAAGGCCUGCUCUAGCUUAGGGGCUGUUAGACAAGGCAAGCAAGUGCAUGCCCACUUUUUUUUGUCCCCAUUUUGUGAUGAUGAUGUCGUUAAGUCGUCUCUGGUUGAUAUGUAUGCGAAAUGUGGAUUACCUGAUAAUGCUCGUGCAGCUUUUGAUUCAAUUUUGUCCAAAAGUGUGAUUUCUUGGACUGCUAUGAUUUCAGGGUAUGCCAGAAGUGGAAGGAAAUCAGAUGCUUUUGAAAUGUUUGAGAGUUUACCGAUUAAGAACUUGUUUUCUUGGACUGCGUUGAUAUCUGGGUUGGUACAAAGUGGACAUAGUGUUGAUGCAUUUUAUUUGUUUAUUGAAAUGAGAAGAGAGGGAGUUCAUAUAGUAGACCCAUUAGUUCUCUCCAGCAUUGUUGGAGCUUGUGCUAAUUUGGCAGUAUUGGAGCUUGGAAAGCAGGUUCACAGUCUAGUUAUACGUCUUGGCUAUGAGUCUUGCUUGUUUAUCAGUAAUGCACUAGUUGAUAUGUAUGCGAAAUGCAGUGACAUUUUAGCUGCUAAGGAUAUUUUUGGUCGAAUGCAUCGAAGAGAUGUAGUUUCUUGGACUUCUAUAAUUGUUGGGGCGGCUCAGCAUGGGCAAGCUGAGAAAGCAUUGAGUUUAUAUGAUGAAAUGGUUGCAGUUGGAAUAAAGCCAAAUGAAGUUACCUUUGUUGGAUUGAUUUAUGCAUGUAGCCAUGUUGGUUUAGUUAGCAAAGGACGUGCUCUUUUCAGGUCCAUGAUUGAGGAUUAUGGAAUUAGCCCCUCUCUGCAGCACUACACAUGCUUUUUGGAUCUUCUUAGUCGGUCUGGACACCUUGGUGAAGCUUCAAAUGUCAUUGAUUCAAUGCCCUUUGACCCGGAUGAACCCACUUGGGCAGCUUUAUUAAGUGCUUGCAAGCAUCAUGGGAAUACCCAAAUGGGAAUCAGGGUUGCUGAUCAUCUUUUAAGCCUAAAACCAGAAGACCCUGCAACUUAUAUACUAUUGUCUAAUGUCUAUGCCGGUGCCCGUAUGUGGGAAAAUGUAGCAGAGGUGAGAAAGUUGAUGGCAGCUAGAGAAGUUAAGAAGAAGCCUGGUUAUAGUUGCAUUGACAUUGGAAAGGAAACCCAAGUGUUUUAUGCUGGAGAGACAUCUCAUCCUAUGAAGGAUGAGAUGUUCAGUUUGCUUAAGGAGUUAGAUGCAGAGAUGAGGAGAAGAGGCUAUGUUCCUGAUAGUAGCUUUGUUUUACAUGACAUGGAGCACCAAGAGAAGGAAAGGCAGUUAUUUUGGCAUAGUGAGAGGUUGGCAGUGGCUUAUGGGCUGCUUAAGGCUGUUCCGGGGACAGUUAUCCGGAUAGUGAAAAAUCUUCGUGUCUGUGGAGAUUGUCAUACUGUACUGAAAUUCAUAAGCAGCAUUGUGAAGAGGGACAUUGUUGUUCGAGAUGCCACUAGAUACCACCAUUUUUCUAGCGGGGAAUGUUCAUGCAAUGACUUUUGGUAAAACUAUAUUUUUUUGGUAUGCCUUCCCUUUACAAGUUCUUCAUCAGUUUCUAAGAGCAUCCACAAUGGAUUCCCUAAACCACAUCUUUAUACAAAUUUGAGGGAGGAAUUGGAAAAAUACAACUCCAACCAUGCUCCAUAUCCACCUUCUAAAAUAAGGAGACCUCGAGGAGCUACUAAAUUUGAGGAGAGAGAAAUGACUCUUAGUGGCUCUCUAUAAUUUAAUGUUGUUUUGUUUUAUGCAUAUUUUAAACUUUUAAUUAAUGCAAACUAUUUUUUUAUAUUAUUUUGUAUAGAGAUGGACUAAUUAUAUUGAAUUAAAAAAUAAUUAUAGUAUUUAUGAUUCUCUAAACUAGGGAGUAUGAUUGGAGUUCAAAUUUUAUAGAGAGCUCCUAAAAUAGUUUUUGUGUGUUUUUAGCUAAAUUUUAA